AUGGCCAUCUUCCACAUAGUCCUCUUCCGCCUGAAAAAGGGCGUCUCGGCCAGCGACGUCGAAGCCUGGAACGAGCUGGGCAGAGGCAUGGUCGGGAAGAUUCCGGGGUUGCGCGAACUCCACAUUAACGCCCCGCUGGCGAUGACGGCCUCCCGAGCCAAGGGAUUUGAUAUGGGCUUGGUGGCCAUCCUGGAGAAGCCGGAGGAUCUCCAGGUUUAUGCCAAUCACCCGGACCACUUGAAAGUGCAAGAGCUGCGGGAGAGCUUGUGUGACGAUGCCCUGGCGUAUGAUUUAGAGUUUUAGAUGUGAUGCUUAGUGAAAUCUUACAAGCUGGUUGAUGAGUGCAAUCUGUUUAGGCUGUAGUAGCCAGUGAUCAAGCUGGGCGGCCCGGGGGCUCCCCCGGCCGGGGGGGAAGGGGAAGGGCCACUAAGAAUAGCAGUUUCUCCUAUGUAGAUCCUUACUGAAUAGACUGGAUUAAUGUCACCAGGUGUCUCGACCUUCCUGGACAAAGGUCCUGAGGCCGGGGUAGUCUGGGUGCACCC